UUUAUUCCGACCUUCCCUUCGACGAUUUAUACGGUUUCUCUCUUUUCAAGGAAGAAGGAGAGAUGUGAAGUGAAACGGGAGCACAGGAGACAAUGGCGAGUAUUACGCGAGCGCCAGACCGUCGUACUAUACGUGUAUGCACGUGCAUUAAGAUCCAGAAAGAACACAAGAAUCCAACAAGACUGGAAGUGCUUUGUCAAAAGAAAAACACCCACUCGACAAAGUACGUGAUCAGUUUGAAUGAUUGUUGUGCUGGUCAAAAAACUAAACAAGUAUAAAAUGUCAAAUUCAGUAUUUGCACUUUUUAUCAACUGAUGACCCUAAGAAUUUUUAAAAAACAAUCACGUGAUGUAGGAAAAUCCGGGCUUAUGUGAUAAAAAAUAAAAAUUAUGAAUUCCCAAUUUCAUUCCGAGUUGAUUAUAAAAGAAGAAGACAAAGAAGUUAAGGAGAAGCCGGUGGAUAACCUAACAAAACGCAAAAUAGGAGCAACACGUGAAAACACUGAAACAUCUAUUGGGAUAAGACCGAGACCGAUUAUUUACAAACCAGACAAUGUGGAUAUAGGAUGCAAAUCCGAACCAAUUGAAACAAAAUGUUACUGGGCACCUGGUGCAUGGCAGGAUGCUACUAGAACUAGCGCUUUUCAGCCUUAUAAGCCACCUACAUUAUUGACUAAUCUGCAAAGAGGAAACACCCAGACAGAGAUUCCACAGCUUUACGCAAGCAAUGAUAUCACAUUUCAUACACUUGCGGGUCAAGGGGAACUUACUCCCGAAAAUAUUCAUCCUGGAUCUGUCGAUCUUCUUGAUGAGAAAGGACUGACGGCACUCAUGUGGGCUGCAGGAUAUGGGCAGUUGGGAAGUGCCAAGCACUUGCUUAAAGCUGGAGCUAAUAAAAAUUAUCGAGGACUCAAUGGAGAAACUCCCUUGCAUUUAGCUGCAGCUUAUGGACACCAUGAUCUUGUAAAGUUGUUGUUGCAUCAUGGAGCAGAUAUAAAUGCGAACGACAAGGAAGGUAAUACACCAUUGAUAUACGGAGCUCGAGGAGAUCAUCCACAUGUCUGCUAUGAACUUCUCUCCAGAGGUGCUGAUAUCACUCAUCGCAAUGCUUACAAUAUUAGUGCUUAUCACGCCGCCGUAUUAAACAAUGCACUGACAGCAAAAGCAGUAAUCGAAAAUUAUCUUAUGCAACAAGUAGUGAAUUUUCCAAAUGACAUUUUACAGUGAAAUUAUGAAUGUUCUGUAUUAUUCAAUUGUAAAUAUAAAUAUUGACGUAGGUCUACGAUUAAUUAUACUUAACGGAAUCAGGAAGUCCACUUUCUUUUCUCUCAAUUAAACACAUUGUGAAAGCAAUAAACGAGCAAUUAAAUGUAUUUUUGUAUAUAAUCGU